GGCAGUUUUUUUUUAUAAAUUAGCAUAAAAACAAAAAUUAAUAGUAAUAUUACUACAUAAAUAUCUAAGAAAACGAUAACCUCUUUUGUCCCACUCCCAAGGACAGAUAAGAAAGUUGACGAACAAGGUCACUGACUUGAAACCAACACUGGACCAAUACCUGCGAUUUUAUCGCCUGCCGCCCAAAAAUUGCCCAGGCUCUCAGCACAUUAACCGAAAUGAAUCAGAAUGUGAUGAUUUUUUUUUAAUUCCGUAAUUUUCCUCAGAAACACGUACUGUGGGAUAACCAAGCAUAAAUUAAAUUGUAUUACGUCGUAUUACAUACUUAGCUUUACUCAUCAGAUCAAGUAAUUAUAAGUACCAUGCUAAGAAAAUGUAACGAACAUUUCGAUCAAAUUACAUGAAAAUGUAGAUAAGGUAUUACAGUAAAGAAAGCAUGAUAAUCUUUAAUGUACAAGAACAAAAAUUCGCAUGUUCCACUCUUGUAAUUUUUCUUGCUUCCUAUUGCCUUUCUCGCCAGCUUCUCCCUUUCGCCCGCUUGCUGUUAGUCGGCGGCGAAUAUCGAACAGACUUCGACAGACUAUCCAACUCACACGAAAGCAUACGGAACAUACAUUACAGUUUACGGGCUUAUAAAAAAACGGACAGAAAAUGAAGAAAGCUACUACGUACGCAAAAAUACUUAUAAAAAUGCCCACUGUCGAAAUUCUAAACAACACAAAUUCCAGCUUGCGCAAUUUCAAGUUAAGUAUUCUUAGAUAUCUAUUGUUAGUUUGUUGGUCAACUUGAUCCAAGUUUGACGCGAAAUUUCUGGAAGGUUUCGGAACGUGCGGUUUGGUGUGGGGCAAAUACAGACCAAGGCGCGGAUCUCACGAGUUGUGUUGUGAAGUAGUUCGCUUCGCUACGCCUCACACGUUGCGCGGUUCCGCUGAGUAGCGUAGGCGGAGAAAAGUUGAAAACAAUUGUAUUUAAGUAAGAUUGCCAUUCGUCAUCCAACGAGUGUUUUAUCAUUUCAUUGAUUUUGCAGUAACUUUUAAUUAAUUAUUUGCAUAGGACAUUAUUUAACUAUUUGUUGAAUUUUUCGGUUAUUUCCCUAACGGGGUCGUACAAUAGUUUUCAAAAAAAUUUACAGUAGUGGUUUUGGUGCAAUAUUCAAGAACCAAUCAAAUACAAUGACUGUGGAGAAGGCAGAUAGUACUGUAGAAGAGGUAACCAAAUCAACACCUUAUGUGCCUGGACCAAACGCAAUAGACAUUUCUCCAAGUAAAGAUAGUGGGGUAUUGAAAGAAGUGUUGAGAGAAGGAGAGGGCUCAGAAACUCCCCAACCUGGAAGUAAAGUAUUUGUACAUUAUGUUGGUACUUUAACUGAUGGUACCAAAUUUGAUUCCAGUAGGGAUAGAGGGACACCUUUUGAAUUCAACAUUGGAAAAGGCAGUGUUAUUAAAGCAUGGGAUAUUGGUGUUGCUACUAUGAAAAAAGGAGAACUUGCAGUUUUUUCUUGCAAGUCAGAAUAUGCAUAUGGAGAAACUGGGAGCCCUCCUAAAAUUCCACCAAAUGCAACUCUAAUCUUCGAGAUUGAAGUACUUGACUGGCAAGGAGAGGACUUAUCUCAAAAAAAGGAUGGUGGUAUUUUAAGGUACCAAAUAGAGGCUGGGGAAGGUUAUGCUACCCCAAAUGAUGGAGCAGCUGUAGAAGUCCAUUUAACUGGGAAAUAUCAAGAUAACGUGUUUGAAGACAGAGAUGUAAUUUUUCCACUUGGAGAAGGAAGUGAAUAUGGAGUAUGUGAAGGGCUAGAAAGGGCUUUAGAGAAGUUCAAAAAAGGUGAAAAGUCCAGAAUCUUAUUGAAAUCCAAGUAUGCAUUUAAGAAAGACGGCAAACCAGAGUUUAACAUUCCUUCAAAUGCUGACAUUGAAUAUGUAGUGCAUUUAAUAAAUUUUGAAAAAGCAAAAGAAUCUUGGUCCCUUGAUACUGAUGGUAAAUUGGAGCAAGCAAAAUUUUUCAAAGAAAAGGGGACUAAUUAUUUUAAAGCUGGCAAAUACACACUAGCAGCUAAAAUGUACAAAAAUAUCAUAACCUUCAUGGAAUUUGAAUCAGGGUUUGAAGGAGAAAAAGAUGUUCAACGGAAGUCCUUACUUCUAGCAGGGCAUUUAAAUCUUGCGAUGUGUUAUUUGAAGCUUGAUGAACACAUAGAAGCAAGAGACAAUUGUGACAAAGCUUUAGAUCUAGAACCUACAAACUUAAAAGGACUUUUUCGUAGAGGCCAGGCCUAUCUAGCAAUGGGUGAGCCGGAGAGAGCAAAGGUAGAUUUUGAGAUGGUUUUAAAACUUGAGCCUUCUAACAAAGCUGCUGCUAGUCAUGUUGUUAUGUGCAACAACAAAUUGCGAGAACAGAAAGGAAGAGAAAAAAUGAUUUAUGCCAACAUGUUUGAGAAGUUUGCAAAGCAAGACAAAGCGGAGCGCAGUAACUUGGUGAAUGGCUGGUGGGAUGGGGAUAAGGUUGUAACUGAGAAGGACGAUGACCUUGUUCCAAAAAUAGAAAAAAAGAAAAAGGUUCUCAAUAUUAAAAGACCUGGAACUGGGGAUAGCAAUAAUAAAUCUUCAGAAAAUGAUAGAAAUAAUACAAAUACACCCCAGACUUCUGAAAGCAAGAAGGAGGAAGAACAGCUGCGGAACCAGCCAGAUGUAAUGAAGACUCUGGGGGAAUGGGGGAAGGAUGAACGUGAACAUGAGAUGACCGAUUUUGAGAGGGAAAAUCCUAAUAUAUUGAUGUUAAAUAGCACUGGUGAAGAAUUCAAGAACAUGUAAACUUUUUGUCUCUUGUAUUGCAUACCUGUUGUCCAUUUAAUAUUAUGUACAGCCAUUUCAUAACUUUGUAUUAAGACCCUGUGAUUUCAAUAAAUGUUUUGUUCAUAUUGGGUUUUAUUUUUCUGGGGGUUUCAUAAAUGAAUUGUUUUUGGGUUUUCAGAUUUUCUUAUAUUUAAAUGAAAAAGUACAAAACUUUAUAAUUAAUGCUAAAAUACAGCACUGUCAAGCAGGACUUACCAGUUUCACUUACACACAGAAGCACUCAUGUCUGCAUUAGACUAUUAGGCAACACAAACCUGAUAAAAAUAGCCUGCAGCACACAGCAUGCUCUUUGUUAUCACCUAAACAUGCAUAAGGUCCAACACCGCUUUCACCAACUCAGGACAAGUUUAUUGUAUUCAACUCCCUAGUACCUAGGUACUUCCAAUUAAUUAUUUGAAAAGGAAUACAAGUCCAUAAACUCACCAGAGUAAUUUGCUGCAUACCGCCACAUUCCUGUAACAGAAAAUAAAUCAAUGGUUCUUGCCACCUACACUUGGUCCUUAACACAUUGUUGUAGUAAUGUAUUCAAUGUCCCAAUUAAACCCAAUUAAACAAAAAAUUACAAAAAGUAUCACAUUGAUGUAAAGAAAAAAAAAAAAAAUUAGCUGUUUCUCUAUCAAAGUUAGAAUUUAUAACUUUUAAUACUUGCUUCAUCAUAGUUCAAGAGUCACAUUUUACAGUUUUGCAUGUUAUAUUUGAUAUUACAA